ACAUCGGCGAUGAGCGGUGCGACACCUGCGAGCGUCGUUUCAAACUCCUUCGAGCCUUGCCACCAGCAGCAUCAAGCCAGCAAUGACAUCAUUCGCCGCAUAAACUGCAUGCUUCUCCAAAGUGGUGGAUCCGUACAGCUGGGCGCAGUUCUAGAGCAGCUGCGCAAGGAACCAAUGCUGGAACGGGUAACAUCGACAGAGGUACUCAAUGCUUGCUUGAAUACACGUGGCCAGCUCAACUUUCAUGCCAAGGAGGGCAGUGUUAUCAUUUGUCGGGGCGAAACGCCGUCUCUGCAGUCAUGUACUACGGACGACGAAUCAACAACCACACGGGGGAAAACAACACCGCUGCAGUCAUCCGCGAAGGACAAUCCAUCCACCACAGGGAAACCCGCCUGCUGCGACGUAACCGUGGUGCAACCCCUGCCAGACGCGUUGGGGGAAGAGUUCUUCCCCGUUGUUGUGCGAGAAGUAGUCAGCCCCGAAGCAGUCAUCAUAAACCUCGUCGGGCGCUGGAGCUACGAAUUAAAGGCGCUACUCGAAAUGAUGAACUUAUACUACUCGAAUCAGGGCAUUGGAGGAAUAGCUGGGCAGAUGUAUCGCAUCCAGGACCUGGUUGCUGGAGCGUUGUGCGCUUACCCUCACGUCGACCUGCCCAGUUCCAAAGAGGAAAACUGGUGCCGCGGAGUCGUGACGAGUGUACUCCAAAACUGCAUGGUCAGAGUCACGGAUGUCGACAGCGGCGUGAAAACCCUGAAACCGACCACCAGUUUGCGCCAGCUCGCCUCGCAUUUCCGCUCCCUGCCGCGGCAAGCGAUCACAGUGAAGUUGUGCCGGCUGCGGUCCGCCCAAGGAGGGGUGUGGGGUCCCGAGGCCUCAGCACGAUUGGCAGAGCUUGUAUGCGGCCAGACUGUCAUGUGUCGCCUGGUCAACUACGUGAAAGGUGUGCCUGGCGUUGUCAUGUGCGACACGAAUGGUCCCGAGGACGUCUUCGUGAGCAACGUACUUAUCGAAGAAUGCCUGGCUCUUCCAAUGUCCUCCGACGAUGAGAAUUAACAUAUUCAGUCAGUAGCUCGUAGACAUCAUUGGCUUUAGGCUUCUGUUACACCGGUGAAAUGUGUGAGCAGCGAUGUUUUCCCCCUGGCAUGUGUUAGGUCACACCAGGCCACACCGCGCACAUGCAAUGCCUCGUCUUGAUAGUGAUAUAAUCUAGUAGGAUUGUGCAGCUGUUCUUCCUGCUCAUCAGUUUUUUUUUUUUUUUAACACUUGCAAUGCUGUGAGCUGCUAGCUGCAAAGUCUGCAGUCCUUUUAUUUUUCUUUCUUGUGACAUGCUUAGCAUUUUAUCCUGUGUUGCCUUCUGUAAGAUGUUUUUUUGUUGUUGUCAUAUUUACUUUGUGUUCACCUUUGCAACAAAAUAAAGAGGUCAUUUUACAAAGUCACAUCUCCUUAAAAGAAAAUGUUUGUCCUCCAGUCUUUCCCCGUCUUAAAAGCAAAUAGCUGCGAAAGCUGCUCUACAAAAUGUUCUGCCUAUUGCUUGGUGCAUUUUCAGCAUAGGAGGCCGCCUUGUGUAGCAAGUUUCUGCAUGUGGCACAAAAUUUCUAUGCUUCAUUCACACCGGCGACUCUCGGAGGUCGUGCGGCCAAGUCAGUCACAGAUGUUCAAGCACACUCAAAUCUAUGAUAGUCUCUUUUGUUCGAAAGACUGCUCUAUUGGCUCGCUAUCGUUUGGUUGUGCAAGUGCAAAAUUGAACAGCGAGUGAGUGAAUUAAACUGUUGCUUUCCAUGCAUUUCCCUCUCAAGUGUGCUAGAGAAUCUGCGACAACUUCAUAGCGUGACGUCCGAGAGGUGCCGGCAUGAAUGCCCUCUAUAUUCUGAUUCAGCAUGAGAAGGUAGGAGAGGAGGCCCCGCCCUGAUGACAAAAGCGUAGCAGCCAACUAUCUCCAUGAAUAAACAAAUAGUCCCACUCAUGUACUCAUCCUUCCCCGAUGGCAGAGUCGCUGACUGUCCAUCCAGCUUAUGACAUAAAUCUAAAGCGUGCACUCAUUUGUGCAAGCUUGUGUGCAUCCAUCUUUGAGGUGGAAAUGCCACUGAAUUCUAAAGUUGUACCCGACUCUAAUGUCAUCUCUUCACGAAUCGUGUUUCGCGAAACUCUUUCAGCACGGUGGCCCAGUUUCUUAAGCAACCCUGUGGCACACGCCACUUAUGUCAGGUUUGCUGCAUCCUGCAAAAGCAUGAACAGCUAUUUUUCAGCCUUUACCAAGAGAAACAACAGCACAAGGUGCAUGAACAGCUUACGGUCCUAGCUGCAUCGUGUUCUGCCUGUCCUGUGACGAUGGAAUAAUCU